GUUCUCAUCAUCGAACCUUCCCUUUCGGGAAUGGGGACAAAAGUAGGUGUCUACACCUGCUGAUAACUUUGUCUUGAAUGAUGCAGAAGGGUUUCAUUGUGCCCGAAGAACGUAGAUCUUAUGUGUUAAGGCGACCUUCGAUUCGGUGGAGAUGUUUCAAGGCUAGAUUAUGGAGUGAUUUUCUGUAUGACUCUAAGAAUGUGAUAAUAAGGAGUCCACCUUUGUUGUAUGGAUGGAUUACACAAAAUUAUUGGGACAAAUUCAUUGCAACAUCCACUGAUCCUAAGUUGAAGGAACUAAGUGAGUUGAAUCAAGAAAGAGCAAAAAAGAGAAUUUCAACCUACCGAGGAGGUCGAAAGGGAUACGUGUACUAUGAAGAAGAGAUUAAACAAGAAGUCCAAGUCAAAGAUAUACCUCGAAAUUUGGUUUGGAUAAGAGCUAACUCUAUACAAGAAGAUGGUGUGAUAACCUUUGACAAUCCUGUUGACUUGGAAAUAGCUCAAGCAAUUAAAGUAUUAGAGGCUCAACAAAUCCGAGGAGAAAUAGAUGCCACGGGUCGAAAUGAUAUCCUAUCAAGAGCAUUAAAGACUCCCGAACAUGGUGGUAGUGUUAGGGGCGUAGGGUCGGGUGUUACAAAUAAGCAGUACUUUGGGUACAACAAACCAACACCACCAAGUCAAAUGCGUCGCGAACUCAAUGGUGUCAAAUCAGAGUUAGCAACUGUGAAAAACACUCAGACUUUAUUGUUGAAUUACUUAAUGUCUGUUGGUCAGGUCAACCAAGAACAAUUGAAACAAUUUGGUUUUUCAAAUGAUAACCAAGUUAGCCAUCGUUCUGAAAAAGAAGGUACAAUUGAACAAGGACUUCAAGGUGCCCAUUUCCAACUUGCCUCGAAACAAAAUAAGUUUCAACAACAAGAAGUUCAAACUGAGAUGUACCAUGAGCCUGUGAAUGAAUAUUUGCAUGAUCCCAACCAAUUAAACACAACUGAUCAAGGAAUUCAAGGUGCCCACUUCCAACUUGCCUCAAAACACAAAAAAGUUCAAGACCGAGAGAUUCAAGUUGAGCCGUACCAUGUUUCUUGGCCUGAACCCGAGAAAGGAAACGUGGCUGAAGAUGAGUAUAUAUUUUGUAAUGAACAAGUCAAGAGUGAUCAUCCAUUUCCCCAGGGUGUUGACAGUUUUUGUUCCUUGGCGAUUGAGAAUGACCAAGGCGUCCAAAUAGUUGCAAUUGGAACAGUGUAUGUUGUGAAGGAAGGGGAAGUGGUCAAGAAUCAUUUUAAACCCGUGCCUAGUGGUCAUUAUCGAGUUUGUAUUAAAGAAGAUAUCAACUCAAGUGCACCUUUGCCAUGUCCCGAAGGGGAAACAAAAUACGUUUGUCAAGGCCGGAAUAGAUUUUUUAUUUGGCCUGCACAUUUGGUUUUUCCGAUAAAGAAGGCUGAUAAGAAAGUCACAGAGGAAUUCACGACACCAUCUCCACGCUCGCCAUCAUCACAAUCAUCAUCCACUCGGAGGUAUACGAUCACUCCUGAAGAUAGGUUAAAGUUGACGUCUAGUUUGAUUAAUGUUUUCAAGGAUGUAGCUAUUGGAAUGAAAAAGCGCGGAGAAGUCAAAUCCUUCAUAAUUCCGGCUAGAGUGUUUCAAAAUGAGCAAAGUAUUAACCUUGAUUAUGAAGACAUGCUUGAUUGGUGCUUCCAAAGAGAGAUAAGAUCAUCUCAUUUUUCUAUUUUAAUGAUGCAUCUGAGUGAGAUGGUUCAAGCACAAGGUAUCUCUGGGCUAUAUGGAUUAUGUGACUGCAAGUAUCUAUCCCAGCUAACAUAUGUGAAAAAAGAGGAUGAUCGAUGUGACUAUUUACCUAGGGUCUUUGCGUGCAAUGAUGGGAAAAAUGUGAAACAAAUAUUCUUCGUGCCUUAUAUUGAGGAUCAGGAGUGGAUGUUAGUUGUUAUUUGUCCAUGGGUUGCAUUGGUGCAAUGGCUAGAUCCGUCUGGAGCACAAACUGAACCUCCUAGAUUUGCUCAAACAAUAAUCAACAGCAAGGUACACCGAAAAGACAUCACGAAAAUAAAGACGAAUCCUUUCAUUAUGUGGAAACAAAUAGAGUGCCCUCGUCAACCUCUAGGCUCCAAGGAUAGUGGAUAUUAUGUCUGCCGCUUCAUGAUCGAGACAAUAGAGUCCAGACAUAUGAUCAUUCCUGACAAGUAUUUUAAUAAAGCUCCUCCCACGUAUUCUCAAAAACUGAUUAACAAGCUAAGGGAGACGUGGAUCUCAUAUGUUACCGGAUAUUACCAACCAAAUAACGAUGAAGAUGAUGAUGAUCUAUAUUUGUGAGUUGGACUAGCUCAACGGAUGAUUAGUUAACAAACUACUUUUUUUUUUUUUUUUUUUGACAUUAGAAUGGUCUUUGAUUUUCUUUUGGUUUUAUUAUAUAUGAAUCAUUUUGUCAAUGAAUAAUAGGAUUUUUUAUUGAAUGAAAGGAUUUAUGGAUGAAUUUUUUUUAUAUAUGAAUA